GACGCGUAUGAAAGGAUUCUACGGUUGUCAUGGCGACGCUGUCGCGCAUUCUCACUUAUUGCCAGUAGAAUGGAGUGAAGUGUAAUUCUCGUCAAAGUGAGCAAUGAGCAAAUAUAAAGAUCGGAAAAUGCCAGGUAUCUGGACAAAAAUACAAGUUCGUAAAAACUUCAUAAAAAAAUUGAAGUGACAAUGCAGGAAAUCUCCUUAAUUUAAAUCACGAUCCCAAAGCGAAUUGCAAUCGGGUCCACGUAAGGAAGAAUAAUGAAUAUUUACUAUUAGCAAUGGAUCAUGGAUGACGAUGGAGGAAAUCCGAGAGGAUUACCAUUACCGUAAUAUAUCGGAAAUUAAAUGGGAGAUUGAACGAAUAAUAAGACGGUGACAGCGACGGCGACGACAGCAACGGCAGGGGUACGCUACCAUGGGGGUGGCUUCGUUUCAGCGUAGCGAGAGAAAGAGAGAGAAAGAGAGAGAGAGAGAGGGGGGCAGACGAUGCGCGGAACGUAUUCGAUCGACCCGCGUGAGAGGAAUGAGCUUGUACUGCGACAGAGUUCAGUCAGUCGGUCGGCACGGUGCCGCUACCAACCGCUGCAUCGCGUUGAGCCUCUCAACGGAGGUCUCGCGACAAACACGCAGCCGGUACGUUCCGCACCCCUUUUCUUUCUUUCUCUCUUUCUUCCGCUCUCACCAUCUGGAGCGUCAUCCUGAACGGAGAAUCUUUUCACUAGAAUUUCUGUCCCACUGCAAGAUAAAUUGCGAAAUCGACACGCGGUCGAAAUCGGUAUAUUCAAAAUUGUGCACGCACGUCACCACCCCUGCCGUCGUCGAAGAGGAGGAGAGCACACGUGCACGCACGAGGGGGCGACGUGCGAAGCGGAUGAUUGGCGGAGCGAUGUAGUACGAAUAAGGCAACAUGUUCCUGUUGCUGCCAGUGCACGGACGGAGAUUGCUGCAGUAGCCGAGGGCAGUUCUCCAAUCACACUGAGAGACUACCUAUCGAUACAAGCACGUCCCGAUUUUUUUCCAAAUAAACAUCCCACGGAUCAUGAAGUGGCCCUCCAUCAGCAAGACAUUCACGUGGACGUUCUGCCUGUCCACCCUUUUAUUCCUGCCGACGAGAACAAAUGCCCUGGAGGAGAAUUGUACAGAUUUUCAGGGUGGCACUGUCAAACACGGUCUCUUUUAUGUGCCAGGACCUGCGGUCUGCAGUCUCUGCGUCUGCUAUCAUUCCGAGCCAUUGUGGUGUAAAGCCAUUUACUGUACGCCACCGUAUAAAUGCAAAAGGUUCCGCGUGGGUGAACGCUGCUGCGAAUUCGAGUGUCUCGACGAUAGCGACGAUUGGAGUGGUCCGGACGUGUACGACGCGGCGGGAUCGUCCAGAGUCCAGGAACAGAGCCUUGGCCUGUGCUUGUUCGGCCUAUUGAUCGCGUUAUCGAUGGUGCCUUAGUUAAUGAUCGGACGAGAUCCGCGGUCAUCAUCGCCACAGAUCGCCUUCUUCCCGUAGGACAAUUCGAAGAAUUCGUCUGUUAGUGAUAUCGAUGUGAUGACGAUGGCAAUGACGACAGAAUUACGUACAAGAAAUCCUCGAAGGCAGGUUUGUCUCCUAUUUGCGAGUACGCGGUAUUUCGGUGAACGAUAUGUUCUUUAGUAAUUAGGUCGUCCAUUUGUAAUAGCGCGAGCUCAGUUGAUCGAGAACUGAAGUUCCCUCCGGCAGAGCGACACAGUCAAAUCGAAGAUUGAUCAAGUCACUUUUUUUAAAAAUUGUAAGAGAAUAUUUAUUUCGUGAAAAAAAAAUGUAAUGGAAUUCGAACUAUCAAUCGUUUCGAAUAGUAGAUUUCAUUAGUUAUUGUUAUUGUUACUGUAUCACUAAAGAAGUUAAGGAAAUAUAUUUUUCAUUUUUUUUUAUAGCUUUGAAUAAGAGCAAAAUUUAUAAAAAAAAUUGUGGAUUUGAUCUGGCGACAGGAACAAGUCUUUGUUUUUUUUUUUAUUUUUCUCAAUUUUCCAGUUUCUUUCAAAACCCACUUUCUCAUAUUUUUCCACUUUGUCAAAUUUGAUGUGAUAACACUUAUCAGACGGCACGCGAUAUCGAGAGUUAAAACCUGCCCGUAUUCGAAGGAAUGACGUGGGUAGCUGUUGGCCUAAUCCGAACACUCAGAUGUCAGCCACUGUCGUGUACGAGGUACUUGAUCUCGUUUCGAGUAAAAUUCAGCAUUUUAUUGUUCAGGAAACAUGUGCAAUAUACAAUGCGUGAAUAUUUAAAAUUAUUAUCAGAAAACUGAUUCGGUGCUCAACUCUCGGUACUAAGCUACACGGUUUAACCGGUAUCGAUGCUCGAAAGUAAUCGUAAUGAAUAAAAGAUAUUGUAAUAAUGUAAAAAUUGACAAGAACAUACAACUCAAAAAAGAGGUGUUUAAUUUUAAGAUAUUAAAAUGUUUUAUUUGUAUCUCUGUUUUAUAAAUAGUUAAAAUAUUUUAGUUUGAAACGAUGUUUAUAGAUUAAAACUAAAAUAUUUUUAAGUGUUUAAAAAACAAAGACGGAGAUAAUACGCUUUAAUAUCUUAAAAUUGAGCAUUUUUUAAAAGUAUGUUAUUACGUAUCAAUCAUGAUGUAUUUAAUUUAUUUCUGUUUCCGUUUUUUAAAUACUUAAAAAUGUUUUAGUUUUAAAUGUGUUUAAAUUAAAAAUGUUUAGAGUUCAGUUUUAGCGUUUUAAAUCUCAACACUAUUUAAAACAAAAAUAUUUUUAAUUAUUUGAAAAACGGAGUUAGAAAUAAAUCAUUUUGAUAUCUCCCAUCUAAAAAGUAAACAUGUCUUUUUUGAGUGCAUGGGUAUCUGAUCCUCGAUUUUUUGAUAGAACUCGCGCUCGAUGGACGACCGAGAAAGGAGACUGAUUGUGAGAAACGAUCGAGAUCUUACUCGCACGAGGAUAGCAAAUCAAAAUUUUUAUUUUUCCAUUGUCGCGAAACGAUAUGUGAUAGCGAACGUGUCAACUUGAGAAAUUAGCGGGUGGAAACCCAAGUCUCUUGUCGACAAGCGCCGGGAAAUUCCGUCGAGUGCGUGAUAUACUCUUUGUUUGAAAGAGAGGGAGACUCGUUUCAAUCUCCAAUUCAAUCGAUUUUAUCGUUCGUUCGCUUCGCUGUACGGUAAAUGUUGGAUUCACCGGUAAACAGGCGUUCCUUUUAAAAAGACAAUUCACCAUUUCCCUGAUUAAAAUGCAUAACAAAAUCGGGAGCUCGGAUGUGAUAAACAAAUGUCCAUCGGUUUAUAUUGGUUUCGGAUUUGUUUCGUUUGCAAUUGUACAUCGUUCGCAGAUUUCUUUUCAAUAAUCACCCGAUGUUUAUUCCACGUGCGCGAGAAAGUUUUUCAUUACGAAGGACAAUUUGUUUUGCAGCCAUCAUAUUGUCAAGUCUAAUGGCUUGUUUGUGUUACAAAGUUUUAUUAUGAUUUCAUGUAAAUUGAUUUUAUACGGUAUUGCGUUCCCUGAUAACAUUUUUUUCUUAGAUUUUUGCAUAUAAUUUUCCAGAAUUUCUACCUAAAUCU